AUGAGACCCCGUGGUGCAGCCGCGGUGACCGUGGGGCUGUGGGUCCUGGUGACCGUGCACGUGGCGGUGGACCCCGCUGUGACUGAACCCAGGCGCUGCUCCCUCUCUCACUACCGCUGGUUGGACCCCAGGGCGCUGGAGGCGGUCAGGGCGCUGAGGGACCACUACGAGGAAGAGACGCGGAGCUGGAGGCCUUGGAACUGCUCCUUCCGCCCGCGGAGGGACCCCCGGCUGCCCGGGUCGUGCGCGGGGCUCCGCCUGGUGGCCCGGGGCCUCUCGGACGCCCAGGCCGUGCUGAGCAGCCUGCCCAGCCCCGAGCUGUUUCCCGGCGUCGCCCCCACCCUGGAGCUGCUGGCGUCGGCGCGGAGGGACGUGGAGGCCUGCCUCCAGCUGGUGCGGCCAGGCUCCUCGAGGAAGGGUCCGCGGGCACCCAGGAGGCGUCCGCACCGACGGAGAGCAGACUCGCCUGGGUGCCAUGAAGCCACCAUCAUCUUCAACCUCCUGCGCCUGCUCGCGUGGGACCUGAAGCUGGCGGCCCGCUCCGGGCCUUGCCUCUGAGCGCGGCUGCGGAGGGACCGCGGGCUGCUGGCGCGCUCAG